AUGUCCCCGGUUCGCAUCACGUCCGUCUCUUUUGAACACCACCCCUCUGGCUUUGGCGUUGGCCAUGCCAGGCCCCGGAUUUCCUGGCGCUUCUCCCCUAGCAGCGCCGACUCCAAAGGCUGGAUGCAAGAGUCGUACGAGAUCCAGGUCGGUCGCCAAAGUCAUAACAGCGUUGAGACGGUCAACAGCUACGACGUACAGAGCUCCGACUCUGUGCUGGUGUCGUGGCCUAGCCAUGAACUCCAAUCACGCGAAGUUGCCUGGAUCAAGGUUAAGGCACAUGGGAAAAAGUUCGACGCAGCCGGAAAGGAAACAACAGAAAGCACAGAAUGGUCUGAUGCCGCCACUGUCGAGGCUGCACUACUAGAUAAACAGGACUGGGUCGCAAAACUCACAGCGUCAACGCUCUUGUCGGACAACAACAAGCCAAUACGGCCAGUGCUGUUUCGAAAGUCAUUCUCCCUGCCUGAGAACUCGGCAAAGAUUUCAAAGGCUCGCCUAUACAUCACGGCUCAUGGCGUCUAUACAGCAUACAUCAAUGGCCACCGCAUUGGCACCGAGGAAAUGGCGCCCGGGUGGACGAGUUACGGCCACAGGCAUGCCUAUCAGAUAUUCGACGUUGCGGCGGCCCUGGAGCCAAUGAAUUUCCAUGUAAUCGGUGUCGAAGUUGCUGAGGGCUGGUUCGCCGGGCGUCUGGGGAUGGACAACAAGCGCUGCUUCUAUGGGAGCAGGCUGGCAUUCCUCGCGCAGCUCGAAGUCGUCUACGAGACCGGCCAAGUCUAUACGCUGGCAUCGGACAAUACAUGGAGGUCUCACUACAGUGCAGUCACCCGCAGCGAAAUCUACGAUGGAGAGGAUUACGAUUCCCGUGAAGAGCAGAAGGACUGGAAUCGGGACCCAACUUUUGAUGAUGCUUCAUGGACAUCAACCGAGGAACUAGCAUUCCCGUCUGCAAGUCUUCUGGCUUCUGACUCACCACCUGUGCGCGUCAUGGAAGAAAUCGCUCCUGGCAACAUCUUCAAGUCAAAAUCUGGCCAAGCCCUCGUCGACUUUGGCCAGAAUCUCGUUGGAAAGCUCCAAGUCCGCCUUCCAGUUUCAGCUCCUAGCGGGCACAAAUUAUCGUUCAAGCAUGCUGAGGUCCUCGAGCACGGUGAGCUUGGGACUCGACCCCUGAGAGGCGCCAGCCCGGUUGAUGGCGUGGUCUUAUCCGAGCAUCAGCCUUCAACAUGGUCGCCGAAAUUCACUUUCCACGGCUUUCGUUACGUUCAAGUUGAUGGCUGGCCUGCCAAUGAGGGACUGCCCAACCGCGAUGAAAUUACUGCACUCGUGAUGCAUAGUGAUAUGAACCGCACUGGAUGGUUCUCGUGCUCUGAACCUCUCAUCGACAAGCUGCAUCAAAAUGCGCUAUGGAGCAUGAAGGGCAAUUUUCUCUCUGUGCCCACUGACUGUCCCCAACGCGACGAGCGGCUUGGCUGGACUGGAGAUAUCCAGGUAUUCAGCCCGUCAGCAAACUUCCUCUUCGAUACCAGCGGGUUCAUUGGCAGCUGGCUCUGUGAUGUCGCAGCCGAGCAGUUGGAAGAAAGGAGACAUGGAGUUCCAGGGCUGGUGGUCCCAGAUGUGUUUGACAUUCCUGCCUGGCCGCCUGGCCCACAGUCUGUCUGGCACGAUGUUACCGUAUUGACGCCGUGGGAUUCAUACAAUAGCUCUGGCGAUGUAGAGGUGCUACGAAGGCAAUACGAUAGCAUGAAGGCUUGGGUUGUCAAGGGUAUCCCUCGAGGACCAAACAGUCUCUGGGAUCAAAAUGUCUGGCAGUUUGGCGACUGGCUGGACCCUUCUGCUCCACCGGAUGAGCCAGGAAAGGGCCUCACCGAUAGUCUUUUUGUCGCCGACGCCUACCUAGUUCGAGUAUUGGAGACCAUAUCCAAAGUCAGUUCGCUUCUUGGGGAGGAAGAGGACGCAUCUCACUACGCCGAGGAGGCCGCAAAGGUGAGAAAGGCGUUUCAAGACGAAUAUACCACGCCGGCGGGGCUUCUUGUCAGCGACACACAAACUGCUUAUUCACUUGCCAUUGCAUUUGGUUUGUUUAACCGAAAAGACCAAAUCAUCAAAGCUGCAAAGCGCCUUAGUCAUUUGGUUCACGCAGCACAAUACCGGAUAGCGACUGGCUUCGUGGGAACGCCUCUGAUUACGCAUGCGCUCUCCGACACUGGCAAUUACCAACUAGCCUACCGCAUGCUCUUGGAACAAGACUGUCCAUCUUGGCUCUACCCGAUUACAAUGGGCGCGACUACCAUCUGGGAAAGAUGGGAUAGUAUGAUGCCGGAUGGAAGCAUUAACCCGGGCUCCAUGACGAGCUUCAAUCACUACGCGCUGGGGUCGGUUGUGAAUUGGAUGCAUAAGAAUGUGGGCGGAAUAAGCCCCCUUGAGCCUGGAUGGCGAAAGAUUAAGAUACGACCUGUGCCCGGAGGCACGAUUACGAGUGCCAAGGUAGAAUACGAAAGUCCAUAUGGGCGAAUCAUCUCCUCGUGGAAAAUCAAUGAGGCGGAUGGGGCAUUUAAUCUUUCAGUUGCCGUUCCUCCCAACUCGAAAGCUAUUGUCAUCUUGCCGUCUGAUUGGAAGACUUUAGGGCAGGAGCAAGAUGAGGAGGUGGGAACUGAGAUUGGAUCUGGAACUUAUGAGUUUUCUUGCGGUUAUAAGCCUAGCCAGUGGCCUCCAGAAGCAGAGCUUGAGCGUUCUGUGUUUAGGCUUGAGUUAUAA